AUGCGUCACGUCGCCGUAAAUACACUCGCUUACCUCGCCGACACCAUUUCGCGCGCUGCCGGCACCCCGAUGUGGCCGUCGUCCGACGUGCCCAAACUCAGUGUCGCCAAACCCCGACUCUCGACACCGCAAAACAUCGUCGCCAAUCUCGUCGAACACUUUCUCGGACUGCUCGGAUCAACGAACGACGCGCUCGUUUUCGCCGUUGGCAAGGCGGUGCUUGACUUGCUCCUGACACAGGCCAACCAGCACAACGACACCUGGAUACAGCCGGUACUCACCGCAUUCGUUGGACUAUUGCGACGCGAAGGAAUGACACUCAAUCCACUACCGAUUCUGCUUGCCAUCAUGGGAGUGCUGCCCAUGUUGAACGAUGACCUGCUACUGGCGACCUUAAUACGCAUUUUCCCAUCGAUCAAAACCAUAACCGAUUCCAACCAGCGUGUGAGCUAUCUAAUUCGUACAUUCGAGCUUCUCAUCGACAGACACGUUAUCACCAGUGGAAAGAGCAACCUCUUCACACCACUGAUGACAGACAAUGUAUUAAUUUCCACGUUCCAAGAUGACAGCAGCAGUUUCCGUGAGGAAAUAGUUGUGUCAAUGGUUGCAAGUCAUCAUAAUAUUCUAUCAAAAUAUUUACAAGAAGAGAAUGUCAACAGUAACAGCAACAGCAACAGCAGCAGCAACAACAAUAGUUCAUCAUUAUCAUCAUCAUCGACAUCACUUUCAACAUCUGGAUCAUCAUUAUCCAAUGCAACUGCAUUGUUCCAUCUACACCAGAUUGCACUCAGUAUUUCAGAAAUAUGUUUGAAAUGUGUAUUAUGGGCAGGAGAACGUCUUUCUGCACAUGAAUAUUGUAUUCGUUUCGUCGAUUGGUUAUGUCGCGUCACCUUGCCAACAACAACAACAACAACGUCGUCUUCUUCAUCAGCAGCAGCAUCGGAUCCAACAACAACAGCAACAGCUACAAACGCACAGAAAUUAGUAUCACUUUUACGUUCGGAUCUUUUAGAACAAAUACCAAAGAUUCCAUCGGAUUACAUCUGUCUGCAAUCGAUCUUCUUGUUGGCGUUGCAUCUCUUAAAGUCAUCAGCCAACAAAGUCUAUGAACAGAGCGAUUCUAUCCUACUGAUAAAUACACUGCGUGCGCGUUUCCUCUAUCUCGAUAACCAACCGAAAUUCACACAAUUCAAUGGCAGCAUCCGAAACAUGGUGAUGGGAGUAUCACAGUAUGGCCGCGCCGUUCCAGCUCAGCUGAAAUCUCUCAGUGCUUUCUGGCUCGGUGCGUUGGAGUGUCUCUACUUGAUGGGAUUGAAUAUUCCCUCUGCGGACAGCGCUGUCCAACGUACGCUCGACGAUCUCAUCGAGGGGUACUCCUCCAACAAGGAGGUGGUGAGUCGGGCUCGCUUCAUCAAGAAAGCAAUCGCCAACCCGUCGGUUCGCGCCACCCCUUCGUUCGCGCCAUCGAAUAUCGACUUCUCCUAUUGCAUUCCCAUUGAAUUCCUCGAGAGUUCCAACACUCUGAGAACGGCAAGCGAUAUCUUUGCAUAUGAAUGCAAGAAAGCGAUCACCGGGCUGGCUGGCGAGCAUUAUGGUUCGUCGAUUCGCGACCGUCCAUCGCGCGACACCACUCUACUCUCGGGAUGCGGCGACCCCGUCUGGCUGGAACUUCUCCCAGAGAAAUCCUAUCAAUUUGAGGUUCCUCUAUCGGUAACCGGACUCGACCACAACUAUGUAACAUUCUCUAUUGCCUAUUGUCAUCCUUCGGGCAUGUGUGAAAUCGAGUCGGCGCAGUCAACCAAGCCGCCACCCGUCACCAUGGUACCGAUCGAGACACGUCUACAAGACUACCAAUUCGAUUGGAAUCAAUUCUUGAUACCUCUGAAAUACAAUAAGCAUCAAUUCCUCCAGCAAUGGCCACGUUUCGAAGCGUCGUUCCAAGUGGACGUUGUAUUCGAAGGCGAUUCGGUGAGUCGUGAACUCAUCAAUCAAUGUCUCCUAAACUACCCAUUCCACAAUGUGCAAUCGUCGUACUUUGACGCCAGUUCUUUCCAACUGGCAUUUUCAUCGUCGACCUGGUUCAACGACCAGAUUUGCUUCAUCGUCACGGGAAUGGAUCGCGUCACCAUGGAUGAGUAUCACGGAAAGGUCAUCCAGACGCGCUUUGAAUUCCGUUCCUCCAACUCUGGAGUUCUAUCGUCAUUCCAAAACGUAUUGGAUCUCUGGAUACAAAAGAUUCCAAGACAAAGCGAUACAUUCUUGGCUCGUCUACAAGGUCCAGGUGAAAAUUCACUAUUUUCAAUAACCUCAAUUAAAGAACCAACAAAAACAACAAAUUCAACAUCAAAACCAACUCCAUCUUCAUCAACAUCAUCAAUAGAUCAAGAAAUUAAAUUACUAAAUCAAUGGAAAGAAAAGAAAACAAAUGUACAACAAUCGAAUACAACAACAUUAUUAUCGAUAGAACAAGAGUUUUAUUGA